AUGUCGGUCACAUUACAUACAAACCUGGGGGACAUCAAGAUUGAAGUAUUCUGCGAGUCUGUCCCUCGUACUGCCGAAAACUUUCUCGCCCUCUGCGCCUCAGGCUCAUACGACAACACCCUCUUCCACCGAAACAUCAAAUCCUUCAUGGUCCAAGGCGGUGAUCCGACCGGUACUGGAAAGGGUGGUAUGAGUAUAUGGGGUCGGCCGUUUAGCGAUGAAAUACGACAAACCUUACGAUUUAAUGCGAGAGGGGUGGUGGCUAUGGCGAAUGCUGGGCCGGAUACGAACAAAUCUCAAUUCUUCAUCACCUAUGCAAAACAAUCAAGCCUCGACGGAAAGUAUAGUAUAUUCGGAAAAGUGAUAGACGGCCUCGAAGUGCUCGAUACGAUGGAACGUACCCCCGUCAAUCCCAAGAACCGGCCAUUACAAGAGAUUCGGCUGGAGAGAGUCACAGUGCAUGCGAACCCUAUUGCGGAUCAAGCUAAAUGA